CGGGUCCUCCCGCCGAGGCCCCUUUUCCCCGCCCGCGGCCGCGCCGGAGCCGCCACCCGCGCCCGCCUCUCUACGCGCCUCGGCGGCGGCCCCGGCCGGGCGGCGGCGGCACGGGCGCUUGUCCCUGAAGAGAAGGAAAGAAGCAUUCACUGAAGCUAACAGGCAAAGGAGGAGGGCUGAGAAAAGAGUAUCUCUACUUGCUGAUCCUGAGAGAGCUUGCAAUGGCAAUGCUAUGGAAAUUCAUGAGAGUAGCUAAGUAUUCUAAAACAGCUUUAUCACGGGAAGUAAAGGUAAGAGGAACUCCCACCUGUUCAAGGCAUUCUUCGUCCAGGUCCGUACCUUCUGAUUUUGCUACCAACACACCAUCCUCAAAUGCUAUAGAACUGUUUGGUAAAGCUUAUCCUCGAGAUAACUACAGUAAUGUCACAGAGAAGAUUCUCUCCAAGGUGGGGAAGAACUUACACAACAAAAAGCAUCAUCCCUUGUGGCUAAUUAAGGAGCAAGUGAAGGACCACUUUUAUAAGCAAUACACAGGACGCUUUGGAACUCCACUGUUUUCUGUCUAUGAUGGUCUUUCUCCAGUGGUUACAGUACAGCAGAAUUUUGAUAGCUUGCUUAUCCCACAAGACCAUGCCAGCAGAAAGAAAGAGGACAACUAUUACUUGAAUCGUGAUCACAUGCUAAGAGCACACACAUCAGCUCAUCAGUGGGACUUGAUACACUCUGGCUUAGACGCCUUUCUGGCUGUGGGAGAUGUCUACCGCCGUGAUACAAUUGACAACACCCACUACCCAGUCUUUCAUCAGAUGGAAGGAGUUCGGCUCUUCUCCUGUCACGAGUUGUUCUGCAAUGUUAAAGAUGGUGAAGAUUUCCAGUUGUUUGAGCAAGGCCAUCGCACUGUGCACAAGCAAGAAUCUCACACCAUGGAGGCAGUGAGGCUGGUGGAGUUCAAUCUGAAGCAAGUGCUCACAAAGCUCAUGACCCACAUCUUUGGUGAUGGACUGCAAGUCAGAUGGGUAGACUGCUACUUCCCCUUUACUCACCCUUCCUUUGAGAUGGAGAUCAACUUCCAAGGAGAAUGGCUGGAGGUCCUGGGCUGUGGGGUCAUGGAGCAACAGCUAGUUAACUCAGCUGGUGUUCAGGAUAAAAUUGGCUGGGCAUUUGGCUUGGGUUUGGAGAGGCUGGCUAUGAUCCUGUACGGUAUCCCUGACAUCCGACUGUUCUGGAGUGAAGAUGAACGCUUCUUGAAACAAUUUAUUGUGCCUCACAUUUGCCAAAAAAUAAAAUUCCAGCCACUCAGCAAAUAUCCACCUUUGAUCAACGACAUCUCCUUUUGGCUGCCUUCAGAGACGUACUCUAAAAAUGAUUUCUAUGAUUUGGCCAGAACCAUUGGUGGAGACCUGAUAGAAAAGGUUGUCCUACUGGAUGAAUUUACCCAUCCAAAGGUGCUGCACUCUCCAUAUCUCUAAGUUCAGGACUUCUGCUACUCAACUUGUGCAAUCUGCCUAAUGGAUAUGGAUGUUUUUCAGAAAUUAAAUCACAGAAUGAUCCUCUUUUCAGUGUCAAGACUUCUCCAGUUUCAGAAAGGAAACAGGUUUCAGAGAGAUAAAGAAGGUUGGCUGAAUGGCAUCAAAGGGUAGAAAGAUCUCUGCCUAUUAUAAGUAAGCAAAUCAAAACUGCUGCCAUCCGCAGAGUUCCAGUAAGAGCAGUAUUUUGCAUUUCUGAGACUUUAAAAGUAAUAUUGUGACCGUGCACAAAUGGAAUUCCAGCAAUGAUAAUAAAAACAUACAUGCCUAAAGUAAUACAGAAAAUACUGGGUAAUUGUGCAGCAACUUGACAGAGGCCUUGAAGCGGAACAUGGAGUCUGUGAUGUACGUAACAUAGUAGAAAGUAAACUGAAUUUCCUCAUUUAAAGACCAGAAAUGAUGUAACAGCCAUUUUAAAACAAAUGACUCAAUUUUAUCUCAUGUCAUUAUGAUAAGGAUAAGGGCAAGUGGAGAGACCAGAAAGAAGUAAUUUGGCCUAUAUUAAAUGAGGGUUGUGUAGAGAACCAGUACUAAAUGCGAUUUUGUCUCGACAUUGCUGCUGCUGCUGCAGAGCCGCCACUGCCAAGGUGUGUCAGGCAAUGCCGUGCUGGCGCCCCCGGGAGCCGACCGCGAGGUAAACAACCUCGUGCACCUCCACGGGGGAAAAAGGGCGCGAAAAGGGCAGAAGGUCGCCUCUAGGGGAACAACACGUCUGGCACGAACCGCACGUACACAUUUGCCAUCUGCGCAUGAGCAGGAGACCCCCAGCUGCCCCCAGCCCGUUUCUGGAAGGUUCCGGGAGGGCGGACUGCACAUGACAGCUAAUCUGCAUGGGAAGCGAGGAAGCACCUCCCAGAGGCGGGGCAAGAACCUGUGAAAACUGCAGACUGGUUGAAGGGGGCGGGGGGGGGGACCUUGUUUGCGAUGACUGAAGAUCUGGAGUGGAGUCAGCGGAACACCAUCGCACUCGGAGUGGCGGUAGCCAGUUUCUUUUCUCCUUUUCCAACUUUCUCUAUCUUUUCCCCUUACCCUGUUCCCCUCUCCCCUUCGCCUUUCCCCACCUUUUUUCCCCACUCCGCUGAAAAUAAAGUUAAAAGGUUGUACGACAUUU